AUGCCCGCGGUGCCUCCAGUUCGUUUCCGGUUCACCUGGCCAAGUAGAGAAGAGCUACCAGAAGCAUUAUCGACAUUGCAUUGCCAAAUACUAUUGUUCAUCUACUUCAAGUACUAUUUGGUCUAUGACAAUUUCUGGGGGUCGGUAUAUCUAGUACGAGAUUUGUCAUUCAUCUACCUCGUUUAUUCGACCAUUGCGCAUGUCUUGGGAGCAGUAUGGAGGAAUGGCUUGCUAGGUCUCAUAGGUCAGAUGUACUCCACCAUAUCGGUAGCAAUCUCGUCGCGAGUGAUGGCGUUACCAUUCAUCAAGAGCAAGAUCGACAAGGAGUUGAGCAGUACUGUGGCAAAGAUGGAAAAAGAAAUCAUGAAAAACAGCGAGGAGUUGCAGCAGUUUCCAACUUUGCCUGCUCAUGGGUUACCUCAUAAAGAGGUGAGUUCCGAGCUAGUCAAAUUGCAGAAUUUAAAACACCAGAAAUGGAGCGAUGGCAGAGUUAGUGGAGCUGUUUAUCAUGGUGGAGACGACUUGUUGAAAUUGCAGCUGGAGGCCUAUCACCAGUACUCUGUAGCCAACCAGCUUCACCCGGAUGUGUUCCCCGGUGUCAGAAAGAUGGAGGCAGAAGUGGUGGCCAUGGUCUUGGACAUUUUCAAUGCUCCUGAAGGUGCUUGCGGUACCACCACCUCGGGAGGCACAGAGUCGUUGCUCUUGACGGGGUUGGCGUCGAGAGAGUACGGAAGGAAAUACAAGAAAAUCACCAAGCCCGAAGUUAUCGCACCCGUGACUAUCCACGCAGGUAUCGAAAAGGCAUGCUAUUAUUUUGGAAUGAAGUUGCACAAGGUGGCGUUGGACCCAGUUACUUUCCAGGUUGAUUUGAAAAAAGUGAAAAAAUUAAUCAAUAGCAACACGGUUUUGCUCUGUGGAUCCGCCCCCAACUAUCCGCACGGCAUCAUCGAUGAUAUUGAAGGGUUGUCGAAACUUGCAGUGAGAUACAAGAUCCCCUUGCACGUUGAUGCGUGCUUGGGCUCAUUUAUCGUGUCGUUUUUGGAAUCUUCAAAAGUCCAUGGCGAACGCAAAAUUCCCUUGUUCGACUUUAGAUUGCCAGGCGUUACCUCGAUUUCAUGCGACACGCAUAAAUACGGCUUUGCUCCCAAAGGAUCAUCCAUCAUCAUGUACCGAAACCCCGUGCUUCGCGAAGGGCAAUACUAUAUCUCAAGCGACUGGACUGGCGGCAUGUACGGGUCGCCAACUUUAGCUGGUUCUAGACCGGGGGCCUUGAUGGUAGGGUGCUGGGCUACCUUGGUAAACAUUGGCAAAGAUGGUUACCAAAAGAGUUGUAUCGAUAUUGUUCUGACUUCCAUGAAGGUGAAAAAGACCAUUGAAUCCGACCCCACAUUGUCUGAGUAUCUCGAAAUCAUUGGAGACCCCCUCGGCUCAGUUAUCGCUUUUAAGGUUAAAAAGGGCAAAGAUAAUGAGUUGUCGAUAUACGAGUUGGGCGACACGUUGAGUAAAAAAGGGUGGCAUUUUGCAACUUUGCAGAAUCCUGCUGGAUUACAUUUUGCAUUUACGAGAUUGACUACCCCCGUCGUUGAUGAAUUGAUUCGCGACUUGAUAGAAUCGACCAAGGAAUCGGUAGAGAAUACAAAGAAGAACGGACCUCAAAGGGGCGACACUGCGGCCCUCUAUGGUAUCGCUGGCAGUGUCCAUACUGCAGGUUUGGCCGACCGGUUGAUUGUUGCAUUUUUAGAUACAUUGUAUAAGACAUAG